CUUAUAGGGGAUUUUGGACUUGAGGGAAGCCACUCCCGGCUAAGUUUAGGCACGGCAACCAUUUGUUCAAACGAAAACCAUUUUAAUCAAUUUUUUAACGUUUUCUAAAUGAAAUUGUAAAAGUUUCAAAUAUUAGGAAGCUUAUUUGCUCGUUAAUCAUAAUAAAACAGAAGUUGAUUAGCACCAAAAUCAUUAGUUUCUUCCAAACUCGGGCCAAUUGGUAAAAAAUGGAGAACAAUACAGCAGUUCUGAAAGAGUGGUUUGAGCGAGUUGACUCAGAAAAAACAGGAAGCAUCACUGCAGCUCAGCUCAAGAGUGGUCUAGCAGUAGGAAACCUUCAAUUCCCCAUUUCUAUUGUCCAGCAAAUGAUCAGGAUGUAUGAUUUUGAUAGAAAUGGAACUAUGAGCUUUGAAGAAUUUGUUGCCCUCAAUAAGUUCCUUCUCAAGGUUCAUCAUGUCUUCUCAGAUCUAGAGAGGAGCCGUGGCCAUCUUCUUCCUGAUGAUGUGUAUGAGGGAGUGGCAAAAAUGGGUUUCUCACUGGACUCUCCAGCUUUUUACACAGUUUGUGAGAGCUUCGAUCAGAAGAAGAACGGAAUAUUUCGUCUGGAUGACUUCAUUUCUCUCUGUAUCUUUCUACAGUCUGCCCGGAAUCUUUUUAACUCAUUUGAUACAACUAAGCAAGGAAGAGUCACUCUUGAUCUCAACCAGUUUGUUUAUUGCACUGCCAAUUGUAGAAUAUGAAGCCACCAUUGCAGCUGUAGAUAUUACUAUUAUAUAUACUAUGAUUGGUGUUUUGUAAUUUAUUAAAUGUACCAAACCAUACAAAGAUCAUGUGUGUAGAUUCUUAUGACAUAAAAUUUUAAUUUAGAUUCA